AUGAUCACCUCUCGCGCGAUCGUGCUGGUGCUCUGCGCCCUGUGCAUGGGACUGGGUGCGUUGGCACAGGCAAAGAAGGUGGAGAAGGAAGUGACGAAGCUGCAAAUCGGCGUCAAGUUCAAGCCAGAGGGGUGCGACGAAGCACGCAAGGCCAAGCCUGGCGACACGGUGUCGGUGCACUACGCUGGCCGCCUGGUGGACGGCACCGAGUUUGACAACUCGUUCAAGCGUGGGGAGCCCAUCACCUUUGAGCUGGGCCAGGGGCGCGUCAUCAAGGGCUGGGACCGCGGGAUCAACGGCAUGUGCGUCGGCGAGAAGCGCAAGCUGAAGAUCCCGCCCCACCUGGGCUACGGCGACAGCGGCGCGGGCGCCAGCAUCCCCGGAAAGGCAACCCUCAUUUUUGAUACUGAGCUAGUCAAGAUCGCAUAG